UAAGAAAACACUAAUAAGCAUAUCGGCUGCCUUCACAUUAGUCGCUAUUACAUGUAGAGGUAAGCAUUGUGUGAGAACAAAUUAGAUAUGAUCUAUUGGGAAUCGAUUGGUCGUUAUUGUUAUGCAUCGAUGCCUAGUUACAUUCGUGACAAAUAGAAUUCUCCGUGGACUUUCUUGUUUUUAUGUUUGUUGUUAUCCUCUGACGUAUCAACAGAAGCAGAACAUAGAUAAAUGGUCAUUUGACUAAUUACUCACACUUUUGAUUAUCCAAACCACUAGUACUCGUUUUGCCUUUACCUGCUCAAGUAGAAAUCUUAGGCUCUUCUAGAAACAUUUCCCUUCGGUGAUUGCAUUUUUGCUGUUAAUGUCACUUUAGUUCGAGGAGUCAUUCCUAUUGAAAACAAGAAGACAUGGAGCAUAUGGAUAUAAUUUGAAUAUAAUCUGGCAUCUAUAUAGAGAAAAUGCACGGCCACGUUCAUCUGUGUCUUCGUGAGAUGGUUUUAAAGAAGUAUGGAGAAGAAGUCUGGCAGGCUGUUCUUAAAGAGGCCUCCCUUGACGAUGACAACGAUUUCAUGUUGUUCCAUUACUACGACGAUAAAAGAACGAUUAGCCUGGUUGUCGCCAUUUCAAAUAACACAGGGUUAGACGUAAGUGGUGUGUUGGAGUCAUAUGGACACUACUUCUACUUUUACUCAACAAGUUGUGGAUACGACCGGAUGUUGCGCACUCUUGGGAAAGAUUUUCAUACAUUUGUGCAGAAUUUGGAUCUUCUACACUCCCUUUUGGCCUUAACCUACAAAGGCAUGAGACCUCCUCACUUCCGAUGUGAAAAAAAAGAUGGGAAGUUGUUUGUACACGUGUUUACCGUACGACCGGGAAUGUAUCCGGCGGCCAUUGGAAUGUUAACUGAAGUUGCACUGCAAAUUUUCGGAACUCGAAUCAGCAUGACAGUUGUUACAAGGAAAACGGGGGAGAUAUUUAAACAAAAAUAUUGUGAACAUGUAAUCACUGAAGUUAAGGUUCUUGAGGAACAAAAGAUUGCAGCUUUUACUGGAGAGGACCAACUCAUGAAAAAUCACGUAGAAAGCAAACUUCAGCAACUCGCGCAUGCGCGUGAAAACAACGUGGUGGCGGUUCCCGAAAUCAGUUUAAAUACAGCUUUACCGUUUAGUGUCGUUUUUGACAAAAACAUGUUCAUUCAAAGUGCGGGCUUGCACUUGAAAACCCUUUGUAAUGAAAUUCAAGAAGAAGGAGCAAAAAUAAAUGACAUCUUUGAGAUUAAAGAACCUGAGAUGAAGUUUGAAUAUGACGCUAUCAUGAGUUGUAACAGUUCAUACAUGUAUUUUUUCUUGCAACCAAAAGUAAAGACUCUCAAUGGAUCUCCCCCGAAAUCAGACUGUCCUGUUCUACGGGGUCACAUGGUUCCUUUGGAGGAGAAGGAGGAGAUAAUGUUUAUAGGCACGCCUCAUUUUGACAGCCUAGGGGAUCUGAUCUCCUCCACGACGUACCUCACAAACAUUCCUCAAGACAACAUGACCAUGGAAAUCAUGUUCAUGAACGAACAAAGACGAGCGGAUGUUGAGAUGAGUAAGAAGUUGGACCAAACCACAGCUGACAUGAAGAAACUAGCGGCGGCUCUUGACCAGGAGAAGAAGAAGACAGACAUGUUGCUGUAUCAGAUGCUUCCGGUGAAAGUAGCCAAUCAGCUAAGAGAGGGUCGGACGGUGGAAGCAGGUAAUACUAAGAAACACGGAAAUGUGACCAUCCUUUUUAGCGAUAUAGUUACGUUCACAAACAUGGCAGCACUGUGCCAUCCUAUGGACAUAGUCAAACUUCUGAAUGAUUUGUUUCAACGGUUUGAUCAGCUCACAACAAAACACGACAUUUAUAAAGUGGAAACAAUUGGUGAUGCCUACAUGGUUGUAUCAGGAGUUCCGGAAGCCAGAGAUGACCAUGCCAUCAGGAUGUCAAAUAUGGGCCUCGAUAUGAUUCAGGAUACAAAUCACGUGAUCAAUCCUGUAUCACAGAAAUGUAUUCAAAUCCGAGUGGGCAUCCAUACUGGGCCGGUGGUGUCGGGUGUGGUGGGCACAAAGAUGCCCAGAUACUGUCUCUUUGGUGACACCGUAAACACAGCUUCGCGCAUGGAAAGUCAUGGACUUCCGGGUCGGGUUCAUAUCAGUGAUACUACAUACAAUCAAAUUCGAAACGUGGGUUAUAUUCUUGAGAGAAGAGGUGGUGUAGAUAUAAAGGGGAAAGGAAUUAUGGACACAUACUUUCUGAAUGGAGUAUCGGACGAUUUUAAUCCGAGCCGGAUAACUAAUAAUUCGGAUAUCAUCAAGACGUCCACUGAGCCGAAACAGUUAGAGGAGAAGUCCCCGGCUGCAACAGUAGCACCGACUGUUACAGAGCCCAAAUCUUCCUCUUUUUGCUCUGUAAUGUGACGCACCUGUUAAUCUGUAAUAUGCUGUUAUCUUAUACAUGCAUACUAGUUUAUUAAGUCAAUGUUUUAUGUCAGCAAAACCCCUACCCGACAUUCAUCCACAUGUAUGUGGAUGAAUCUUGGAAAGAAAUAUUGUGUAGAUAAAUUAUGACAGAAGUUAAGUAUAGUAGAAUAAAUUGACCUGAAUUCACAGGUACUGAUGAGUGUGCAGAACAUGUAAAUUUUAAAUCGAUACAUACAUUUUCGAAUUUCGAUUUUUGAACGGCAAGAUUACAUGUACAAUAUAAGAUCAUUUUCAUCCAAAAGUUAUUAUGAGAGUCAUAACUGUCUUAUAUUGCAUAUCUGUAUGAAUUAUUAUCAUAACAUCAUGCAAAAUGUUUAAUGAAUUGAAUUUAACAUAUUUUAUUGAUUAAAUCAUAAGGAUUAGACACAAGUUCUAAAUAACUUAGGUAUUCUUCUCCUUAUAAUGAAAAUUUUUGAAUAUUGCCAGUAAUAACGUUAUAUAUGAAUAAACAGUCUGCUACAUAUAUAAUAACAUUUUUUAAUUUAGACAUUUUUUGAGAAGCGACCACAUUAACUCAAAAAAAUUUAAAAAGCAACCCCACAUAAUAAAAUCUAAAAAACAUUACACAUCGAGUGCAUUAUACUGUGUUGAAAUUCAGAAAAUAAACUUAAUACAUCAAAACAAAAUACUUUAUUUUCUUACAUGUACCAGAAAGUUAGGAUCCAUUUUCAAAUAUAUUCUAUAAAUCUUCAAAAUUAGCUUAAAUUUGCUUAUCAUUUGUUGAUUUAUAUAAUAAUCUCCUUAAAUACAUGUAAAGUUUACAGCAGAACAAGGUUUCCAGCCUUCCGUCUUUCAUUCAUACAACUUUGAUUGGUUUUAUUCUUCCUCUUUGUUGUUUAAAUUAAAAAAUUAAAAAAAAAACCCAACCGUUUUGUUACUUUGUUUAUCAUUUGGUAUCAAUUUCCCCAUGAACCCUGUUUUUUUUAAGCUAAAUAAAAAUGUUAUUUGUAAAAGUUAUUCAUUCUUUUGCUUGGAU